CGUGGCCAGGCCUCAGUCCCGCAGCCAGCCGCGAACCCGUGCCGUGCGCGCGCGAACCCCGGGGCGCCCGCGCCACACCCCCUGAGCGCGGCACGCCCGCCCUGCAGAAGCACGCCCCUCCCGCCGGACCCCUUAGGGGACCCAGCCCCGGCCUAAGUCGUCAGCCGUCGCCGCCAUCGCCUGCGCCGUGUCCCCCUGGCUCUGGGAAGAAGGACGGGCCUCGCUCCAAGACCCCAUCGGCUUCUGAGGUGCCAGGAUGGUGGGGGAGCUCCGCUUCAGAGAAUUCCGGGUGCCCCUGGGGCCCGGCCUGCAUGCCUACCCUGAUGAGCUGAUCCGCCAGAGGGUGGGCCAUGAUGGGCACCCAGAGUACCAGAUCCGCUGGCUGGUCCUCCGACGGGGAGACGAUGGGGACGAGGGAUCGAACCCAGUGGACUGCAAGGCGGAGCACAUCCUGCUGUGGAUGUCCAACGAUGAGAUCUAUGCCAACUGCCACAAGAUGCUGGGGGAAGAUGGCCAGGUGCCCCGUGCCUCCCCGGAGUCCGCCAGGGAGGCCGGGGCCCUGGACAGAGCGGUGCUGGGAGAGAUGGAGACGGACGUGAAGUCCCUGCUUCAGAGGGCCCUUCGGCAGCUGGAAGAGGGGAUGGGCGCCAUCCCUCCUGCCCCUCUGCUUCACACCGUCCAUGUGCUGAGUGCCUACGCCAGCAUCGAGCCCCUCGCGGGGGUCUUCAAGGACCCCAGGGUCCUGGACUUGCUCAUGCACAUGUUGAGUAGUCCUGACUACCAGAUGCGUUGGAGCGCCGGCCGGAUGAUCCAAGCCCUGGCCUCCCAUGAUGCUGGGACCCGGACCCAGAUCCUUCUGUCGCUGAGCCAGCAAGAGGCCAUUGAGAAGCACCUGGACUUUGACAGCCGCUGUGCUCUGCUGGCUCUGUUCGCCCAGGCCACGCUCUCUGAACACCCCAUGUCGUUCGAAGGCAUUCAGCUGCCACAGGUCCCAGGAAGGCUGCUCUUCUCUCUGGUGAAGCGCUAUUUGCAAGUCGCUGCGCUCCUGGACCAACUGAAUGAUAACGCCGCAGACCCCGGCGCCCAGAACAUCUCUGCUCCGGAGGAGUUCAAUGCCGAGAGGAGCCGGCUGGAGCUGGAAUUCAGUAUGGCCAUGGGCAGCCUGAUCUCAGAGCUGGUGCAGGCCAUGCGCUGGGACCAGGCCUCCAGCAGACCUGGGAGCUGGACACGGCCCACCGGAUCCAUUUUCCAGCCGCAGCCCGCAAAUGCAGACCUGGAGCUCCCGGCUGCCCAGGCCCAGCGGGGGCUCAGGAGGUCCAGGCGCUUCCGCCCUCGCUCUGAGUUUGCAAGUGGCAACACCUAUGCCUUGUACGUGCGGGACACGUUGCAGCCCGGGAUGCGCGUGCGCAUGCUGGACGAUUACGAGGAGAUCAGUGCCGGGGACGAGGGCGAGUUCCGGCAGAGCAACAACGGCGUGCCCCCUGUGCAGGUGCGGUGGGAGUCAACGGGCCGCACCUACUGGGUGCACUGGCACAUGCUGGAGGUCCUGGGCUUUGAGGAAGACAUUGAGUUCGUGGCCGACGCUGAUGCGGACCAGGGGGCGGUUGGAGGUGGAGCCCUGGGUGUCGGAGAGCCGCCCUCCUGGCGGUGGAAGCCCAUGGCGGAGCUUUACGCUGCGCCUUACGCCCUGCCCGAGGACGAGGACGCCGAGGAGGCGGAGCACCUGACCCAGGCCGAGUGGUGGGAGCUCCUCUUCUUUGUCAAGAAGCUGGAAGACCCUGACCACCAGGAGGUCUUGCAGAUCCUGCAGGAGAACCUGGACGGGGAGAUUCUGGAUGACGAGCUCCUGACGGAGCUGGCCGUGCCCGUGGAGCUAGCCCAGGACCUGCUGCUGGCUCUGCCACAGCGGCUUGACGACAGCGCCCUCCGGGACCUCCGCAACUGCCGCGUCUACCGGAAGUACGGGCCUGAGACCCUGGCAGGGCAGCCGCCCUACCCACCCUUUCUGGAAGCCCAGGCCCGGCCUCAGCCACCAGAAGAUGCAUCCCGAGCAGCAAAAGAACCCAAGACCCCGGGGUGCAGCAGUCCCCUGCAGCAGCUGGUGGAGGGGUACGGCCCUGCGGGGGACAUCCUCCUGGAUCUGGAGCGAACCUUCAGCCCCGUGGGCACUCAGGAGCUGGAGGCCAAGCGGCUCCUGCUGCAGCUCCAGCGGCAGCCUCAGCCCUUCCUCGCCCUCCUGCGCAGCCUGGGCACGCCAGCCUCCAACAAGGCCCUGCACCUGUCUGCAAUGAGAAUCCUGACGCGCCUGGUCGACUUCCCUGAGGCGUUGCUGCUGCCCUGGCACGAGGCCAUGGACGCCUGCAUGUCCUGCCUGCGGUCCCCAAACACUGACCGAGAGGUGCUUCAGGAACUGAUCUUAUUCCUGCACCGUCUGGCCUCGGCGAGCAGGGACUAUGCCGUGGUGCUGAACCAGCUGGGCGCCCGGGACGCCAUCUCCAAAGCCCUGGAGAAGCACCUGGGGAAGCUGGAGAUGGCUCAGGAGCUGAGGGACAUGGUGUUCAAGUGUGAGAAGCAUGGACACCUCUACCGGAAGCUCACCACCAACAUCCUGGGAGGCUGCAUCCAGAUGGUGCUGGGCCAGAUCGAGGACCACCGACGAACGCACCGGCCCAUCAACAUCCCCUUCUUCGACGUGUUCCUCAGACACCUGUGCCAGGGCUCCAGCGUGGAAGUGAAGGAGGACCAGUGCUGGGAGAAGGUCGAGGUGUCUUCCAACCCGCACCGGGCCAGCCGGCUGACGGACCGGAACCCCAAGACCUACUGGGAGUCCAACGGCUACGUCGGCUCCCAUGCCAUCACCCUACACAUGCGCCAGGGCGUCCUUCUCCGGCAGUUGGCUCUGCUGGUGUCUGGUGAGGACUCGAGCUACAUGCCAGCCAGGGUGGUGGUUUUCGGGGGCGACACCACCAAUUUGCUUAACACGGAACUCGCCACGGUCAACGUGCUGCCCGCCGCCAGCCGGGUGGUCCUCCUGGAGGGCCUGAACCGCUUCUGGCCCGUCAUCCAGAUCCGCAUAAAGCGCUGCCAGCAGGGUGGCAUUGAUACGCGCAUCCGGGGGCUGGAAAUCCUGGGCCCCAAGCCCACCUUCUGGCCAGUGUUCCGGGAGCAGCUGUGUCGCCACACGCGCCUUUUCUACAUGCUGAGGGCGCAGGCCUGGAGCCAGGAUGUGGCCGGGGACCGCAGGGGCCUGCUCCACCUCAGCACCAGACUCAACGGGGCUCUGCGCCAGGAGCAGAGUUUCGCUGACCGUUUCCUCCCAGACAUGGAGGCCGCGCAAGCACUGGGCAAGACGUGCUGGGAGGCGCUGGUCAGCCCACUGGUGCAGAACGUCACCUCCCCUGAUGAGGAUGGCAUCAGUGCCCUGGGCUGGCUGCUGGACCAGUACCUGGAGUGCAAGGACGCUGCCCACAAUCCCCAGAGCCGUGCGGCCGCUUUCUCCUCCCGCGUGCGCCGCCUCACCCACCUGCUGGUGCACGUCGAGCCCUGUGAGGUGCCCACUCCCGUGGUGGCCCUGCCUCGGCCCAAGGGCAGGAACAGGAGUCGAGACUGGAGCUCCCUGGCCACCCGGGGGCUCCCGAGCAGCAUCAUGAGGAACCUGACACGCUGCUGGCGGGCGGUGGUGGAAGAGCAGGUGAACAAGUUCCUGACUUCGUACUGGCAGGAUGACGACUUCGUGCCUCGCUACUGCGAACACUUCGAUAAGCUGCAGAAAGCCAGCACCGAGCUGUUCGGCCCGCGGGCAGCCUUCUUGCUGGCUCUGCAGAACGGCUGUGCCGGGGCCCUGCUGAGGCUCCCCUUCCUCAGAGCGGCCCACGUGAGUGAGCAGUUUGCCCGCCACAUCGACCAGCGGAUCCAGGGCAGCCGGAUUGGUGGGGUCCGGGGGAUGGAGAUGCUGGCCCAGCUGCAGCGAUGCCUGGAGUCUGUGCUCGUAUUCUCUGGCCUGGAGAUAGCCACGACGUUUGAACAUUAUUACCAGCACUACAUGGCGGACCGACUCCUGGGCGUGGGCCCGAGCUGGCUGGAGGGGGCCGUGCUGGAGCAGGUCGGUCCCUGCUUCCCCAACCGCCUCCCCCAGCAGAUGCUGCAGAGCCUGCGCACCUCUGAGGAGCUGCAGCACCAGUUCCACGUCUACCAGCUCCAGCGGCUCGACCAGGAGCUCCUGAAGCUGGAUGAUUCUGAGCAGAAGGAUCAGGUGGGACACGGGGCCAGUGGCCAGCCGAAUGGGCGAGAGGGAGAAGAGGCAGCAGCCGCAGAGCAGGAGGAGGAGAAUGAAGACCUCUUCUACGAGGGGGCCAUGCCGGAAGUGUCUGUGCUUGUCCUGUCACCGAGCUGCUGGCCCAUCUCCUCCAUCUGCCAUGUGCUCAACCCCAGGGCCUGCCUGCCCUCCUACCUGAGGGGCACCCUGAACCGAUACUCCAACUUCUACAACACGACUCACCCCAGCGUGGGACGAGGUCCGAAAAGACGGCUGCAGUGGACGUGGCUGGGCCGGGCGGAGCUGCAGUUUGGGGACCAGACCCUGCAUGUGUCCACCGUGCAGAUGUGGCUGCUGCUGUACCUCAAUGACCUGAAGGCCAUCUCCGUGGAGAGGCUGCUGGAGCUCUCUGGGCUCUCCCCCGACAUGCUGAACCCAGCAAUCGGGCCCCUCACCUCUUCAAGAGGCCCCUUGGACCUGCAGGAGCACAAAGAUGCCCCGGGAGGGCUGCUCAAGAUCAGAGAGGACAGCGAGGAGCCCCGGCCAAGGAGGGGCAACGUGUGGCUCAUCCCACCCAAGACGUACCUGAAAGCGGAGGACGAAGAGGGCCGGAACUUAGAGAAGAGACGGAACCUCCUGAACUGCGUCAUCGUCCGGAUCCUCAAGGCCCAUGGCGACGAGGGGCUGCACAUUGACCAGCUGGUCUGCUUGGUGCUGGAGGCUUGGCAGAAGGGCCCAUGCCCUCCCCGGGGCCUGGUCAGCAGCCUGGGCCAGGGGUCUGCCUGCAGCAGUGCAGACGUCCUCUCCUGCGUCCUGCACCUCCUGAGCAAGGGCACCUUGAGACGCCAGGACGACCGGCCCCAGGUGCUGCUGUAUGCUGUCCCUGUGACAGUGAUGGAGCCACAUACCGAGUCCCUGAACCCAGGCUCCUCGGGCCCCAACCCACCCCUCACUUUCCACACCCUGCAGAUCCGCUCUCGGGGCGUGCCCUAUGCCUCCUGCACCGGCACCCAGACCUUCUCUACCUUCCGGUAGCCCCGAGGAGCAGCCCGGGGCAGGCAGGGUAGGGCUUUCUACAGAAAUAAAAAAAAUGCAGGGGUGUGA